AUCUUAUAUAACUGCAUAAACUAACCUUUGGGCCAAUUAUGUCUUGGCUUUAGAAGAGUAUUCUCUUGUCAGAAGGGGUUAAAUAUCCUCAAAGAUACUCAAAAAUGUUAAAAGGCAUUAUUGUUGCGAUCAUUGCUAUCUUAAGUUGCUCGGUGAUCCUUUCAUUCAUGAAGUUGUACUCAGGAGUACUAGCUUGAAUGGUCUACCUUUGGAGGUAUCUUCUGACAUCCAUCUAUUGCAUCCCAAUAUCCUUGAUAAUCUGGAAGAAGAAAAAUUCAGAAACUGAUGAUAAGAAGUAUGCGUUUUGGAGGCCCUGAAAGAGAUGUUCCUUUUAAAACUCUGAUUUGCACUCGGAUUUUACUUCUUGUCAUUGUCUUCAGACUAUAUUAUUCCACUUGACCCUAGUGCUCCAGCUGGGGAUCCUUCUGCUUUAUCAUUUCCUUAUGAUUGAUAUCCCACCCUAGGUGUUAUUCUCAGAUGACAUACAGCAAGGGUUCUUUGGCUAGGCCCAGCCAAAGUUCCUGCUGCUCUCCAUCCUGGUGGUCGCACUCAUCUAUGGGGAUCGGCACAGGAUUUAAUGUGCAGAUGCUGGAUUAUUUCCCUCCCAGUAUUACAGACGGGGUCUAUGUGGUAGAGCUCUUUAUUUGCUGAGCUAAAGGGGUCCUACUUUGACUGAAUAGACCUCCGUCUUUUAUGCCCUAUAUUGGGCUAAAGAGCUGGAAAGUUUUCGGAGGAUUAUUUUGGGAGGAUAUUGCAGCAAUUGUAUUCACGAUAGGCAGAGAGCUGAGUAUUAGAGGUAAUCAUUUAGGAAAUCCUGCUUCUAAGUCUCAAAAUUUGUGUUUUAAAGAGGAAAAGCUAGUCUAACUUUCUGGAGAAUGUAUU